AUGGCGUUUCUCCCGCGGGUUUUACCCUCCGCCUGGAGCGGUCCACUGUGUCCCGUGUGGUCUCUAAUGGGCCUUCCCCUGGCGCUGCUCGCCGCGUCGCUCAACCCGCACCUCUGGUCGCUCGCUCUUUCCGCGGCCGCAUCGCGCCACGGCGGAGCGGCGCUUCUGCCGCUCUUGCUGUUCGCGCACGCCGUCGCGCUGCUCCUCAAUUACGCGGCUGCGCGCAUCGUCGACGUCACUGGUGCCACCGUUCCUCAGGUUUGGCUUCACGAGUUUCCGCGCGCCCUCCGCCGCCUGCUGCCGCUCCUCUGCGCCGCCUCCAUCGUCGCGCUCGACAUCGCCGCGCUCUGGGCCUCCGCCACGGCGCUGCAGCUGCUGGCGGGGCUCGCGCUCAAGCCCGCGCUGCUGCUCUCCGCCCUCUCCGGCCUCGCCGCCAUUGCCGCCCCUCCCGGCAAGGCUCAGCAGCUGGUGUCGCUGUGCGUCAGCCUGCUGCUGCUGCUGCUCCUCUCCUGCGCCCUGCACUGCCUCUCCGCCCUCCCCUUCCUCACCCCCGCCGCGUUCAUCCCGCAUCUCGUCCCCCUCGUCGCGCCCACUUCUAUUCUCCCCUCCGCGGAGAGCGCGUGGAUGGGCGCGGCGAUGCUGGGCGCGUGUCUGCUGCCGCACACCUUCCUGCUGCUCGCCUGGCAGGAAAAGGCCGGCGCGGAGGAGCGCAAGCCAGAGAAGCAGGGGGCGGGCGCAAGGUGCACAGGGGGGCGGCGGUGGCGGAGGUGGGGGGAGCUGCUACUGCCGCAGUUGCUGGCUCUGGUGGCAACGGUGCUGCUGGUGCUGGGCGCUGCUGCAGGGGCGAUGAGGAGGGGGGAGGAUGAGGAGGACGAGACAGACGCGCCGUCCGUGCUGUCACUGCAGGACGGCCACUGCCUCCUCGUGCAGUUGCUCACUGCCAAGGCAGCGCCGGGGCUAUUCGCGCUCGUGCUGCUGGCAGCAGCGCACCUCCUCGCGCCCUCCACCACCCUCGCCGCCCAGCUCGCGCUCUCCGCCUUCGCCUUCCCUCCUCCCCCCGCCUCCUCCGCUCCCCCUUCCUCCCCACCUCCGCGCCACCCCUCCCCCUACCUCGCCUUCGCAGCCACCCGCCUCGCCUCCCUUCUCCUCACUCUCCUCCCCGCGCUCCUCCUAGGGGACUCUUCCGCCCUCACCUUGAUCCAAUCCGCGCCUCUCGCCCUCGCCCCCCUGCUACCCCUGGCCGCCGCGCCUCUCAUCCGCCUGGCGGCUUCCCCCCACGUCAUGGGCCCCUGCCGCCUCCCUCCCGCCCUCCGCCUGCUCGCCUGCCUCGCCUGCUGCGCCCUCUCCGCGCUCUCCCUCGCGCCCCUGGCCUCCGCGCUACCCGCGCUGCUGCAGGGCUAUGCGGGGGAGAUGGAGGGCAUGGGGCUGUGGGAGUGGCUGGCGGGGGGGGCGUGGGCGGGGGAGGCGGGGGAGGAGGGCGGAGCGGGGCUGGCAGUGGCGCUGGCGCCAGGGGCGGUGUGGCAUGGGCUGGCGCAGGUGGGCGCGGCGGUGGGGGGGAGUGUGGUGGUGGCAGCGGCGGUGGGAGCGCUGGGGUGGGUGAUGAGGGUACCUCUGCGGUCGGAGGGAGCGGGGGAGGGGGACGAGGAGGGGGCGGGGGAGGGUGUUCUGGAUGAAGGCAUGGGGGAGGAGGAAGCUGUUAUGGGCGAGGGGAUGGAGGAUUGGAUGUAUGGCGGAGAGGAGGUGGUGGGGGAGGAGAGGGAUGGGGAUGAUGUGAUGUGGCAGCAGCAGUGGGUGGAGGAAGAGGGGGAGGGGGGGUUGCGGUGGAGGGAGCAGGUGAUGUGUGACGAAGGUGAGGAGGGGUGGGAGGGGACGCAGCAGUGGGCGGCAGAGUCCCUUGCAGGGGCAGACGAGCAAGAGGGAGCAGGAGAGGAGAAGAUGGGGAGCAUGGGAGUUGGGAGUGGGGACAUGGUUGGCGAUGCGUGUGUGGGUGCGAGCCAAGAAGCUGUGCGGGCAGGGAGUGCAGAGCAGAAGGGGCGAGAGCAGGAGGGGGCGGAGCAUAGUGCAGAGGGAGAACCAGUGAAAGGUGAUGCCAAAUCGGUUGUAUCACUGCCCGACAGGGAGGAGGAGAAGGAAGAGGAGCAGGAGGAGCAGAAGGAGCAGAAGGAGCAGGGGGAGGAGAAGGAAGCAAAGGGCAAGGCUCACACAGCCCCGGGUGGGGCCGCUGCAGAUGCCCCCCACGCCAGCACAGAGGGCGACGAGCUGGGGGGCGCUGGAGAGUGCGCAGAGCAGGAGGGGCUGGGGGGCGCGGUAGAGGGCAGGGAGGCGAAGCUUGGUGUGGGAGGGGGGUUGGUGGGUGCAGGGCAGGCUGGGGAGGAGGAGGUAGAAGAGGAGGAGAAACAGAUGGUGGCGGUGCGGCAACGAGGGGAAGAGGUGGUGGGGGAGGAGGGGAGCAAAGGGGCGGGUGCAGGGGAGCAGAAGGGGGAGAUGUCAGCAGUGGGGCCGUUGCCGGACGAUCCAUUCCAUUCCGCAACCACCCCUGCAAAGCCUUCAUGCAAGCACCCACCAGAGGGAAAGGCCAGUCUCUCCACUGAGCCCUGUGACCCGGAGAGUGGCCCUGUGCCUGAUUGCAAGGGUGGCAAGGGUUUCUCGGGAAAGUGUGCAGAUCUGUCAGCGCCCUCCUUCCUGCCAGCCCUCGCCCCCUGCUCCUCCUCUGGUGCUGGCCAUGCUAGUAGAAGCGGGAUCAGCGCGUGCAGCAGCAGCACCGUGUGCAGCAGCAGCUGUGGCAUGAGUGGCGGUGGCAGGAGUGGCAGCGGCAGUCUGUCACGCGUGUGUGGGCUGGGGCGAGGGGCGCGCAGGCAGGUGGCCGCCAUUCUGGACGAGUUCUGGGCGGCGAUCUUUGACUUACAUGGCCAUGCGGUGGUGGUGGAUGGGCGCGGGCAGGGCGUGGGGGAGGGGAGGGCGCAGGGUGUGUUGGGGGCAGCAGGGCAGGGCGGCACGGGGAGGGCAGCAGGAGGUGCAUCGCAGGGCGGCAUGGGCUUGCCUGUGGACUGCAUGGGCGCGGGCAUGGGUGCAGGGAUGGGCAUGGAUGCAGAAAUGGGCAUGAACCAGGGGGCACAGAGCUCGGCUCUGGCAGGGGGGAUGUGCGUUGGAGUGGGAGGGGACACAGGGGGUGCGCUACUCGGUGGGGUGGGUGGUGCAGGGCAGGUGUGGCAGGUGGAGGGUCCCAGCCGCUCCACGCCCAACCUGCGGGGCGACCUGCUGGGGGGGCUCAGCCUCAGGGCGCACACCCCCUCCCUGCUGGGGGAUGGCGGGCUGGCAGGGCAGUGCCACGGCCUGCUCGGCUCUGGUCGCAUGAGUCCCUUUCAGCAGCAGCAGCAGGUGUAUCAGCAGGAGCACAGAGUGGGGGCGCUUGGGUUUGCAGUGGUGGAAGAUGGUAGUGUUGAUGAGAGUGAAGUGGCGGAUGCUGCUGCCAGCCUGGCACAGCUGAGCCAGUUGCAGCACGAGUAUGCGGAGUUCAGCAGCGUGGGUCGAGCUGGGACUGCUAUGGACGGCGCUGCUGGUGGUGCUGGUGGCGGUGCUGGUUGUGGUGCAGGGGGCAUCAUGGGCAGUGCAUGGGAGCAGCAGGUGGAUGAGCUGGUGGGGACGAGGCCACACCGCACUGCACCACUCCAUCUGGGGCUUUGCGACGCUGCCUCUCCUGCUGCGCUCACAAACGGGAGAGUGGGGUCGCUGCAGCGAACAGGCAGUGGGGGCAUGUGGGGGUAUGGAUCCCAGGCCGUGCGGGGCGCAGCAGCAGCAAGCAGCGGGGGCAGUGGAAAGUGGAGCACCAUGCAUGUGGCGGGCAUCCAGAGCAGCAUGCAUGGGCCUGCCAUGCCCCCACAAGACUUACCAGACCUGGCAGAGCAAUGGCUAGGCGCUACUGCUGUGAGCAAGGGGGGACAGACCAGCAACCCUGGCUGGCAGCAGAUGCAGCAGGUACAGCAGGCGCAGCAGCAGGAGAAGCAGCAGGGCAGGCAGCACGAGCUCUCCAUUCCUCUGAUGGGAGCAGCCACAGCAGCGGCGGCAGAGGAGGCGCGAGUGGAGGCGGUGCGGGUGUGUGUGCAGCGCUUGCUGCGAGUGGAGGGCAGCGACUGGCUCUUCCGCUUCGACACCGGCCCCGACGAGGACCUCAUUGCCGCCCUCGCCCUCCGCGACCGCAAGCUUGCCGCCUCCUCCGCACUCUCUGCUCGCAUCUCCCCUCCCUCUCUCACGCACACAGCUACCCACCACGUGCAUGCGCACAGUGGCGGCGGCAGGGACGGGGAGUGGGUGCUGCCAGCGGGAGUGUGGGGGUGCGGCGCUGGGUGUGUGUGGGGCCCGGCGCUGGUGGUGUCGUUUGGGGUGUGGUGUGUGCACCGGGUGUUGGAGCUGUCGCAGCUGGAGAGCAGACCAGAGCUGUGGGGCAAAUACACCUACGUGCUCAACCACCUGCAGGUCAGCCAUCUCUCCUCCUUCCCCAGUGCGCAUCCCUGCAUCUUCUUCAAUCUGCCGGUGCUGUGUGCCUGUUUUGGAGAGGCAGCGGGGCAGCCAGCGCUGGCAGCACAGCGCCUCUUCCAGGGGCUGCUCACCUGCUCCCUCUGGGGCACGCAGAUCCCCCUCGCCAGCCCCAACUGGCCCUUCCCCGGCCCACCAGGCCACCGGGGGCCGGCGUGUGCUGCUCUUUUCCUCGACCGCAUUCGUGAAGUGGAGGCGGCGGUGGGAGGGCGCAAGGGCAGGACCGGCACGGUGGCGGGGGAUGUGGCAUUCCCCAAGGGGAAGGAGAACCUCUCGUCGGUUCUGAAGCGGUACAAGCGACGCCUGGGCUUUUUCGCCAAUCCUUAG